GCUGCUCUUAGACAGGGUAUAUCCAUUGAAUACGUAGACCGAAUGUAUGGGUCUGGAGAAACGACAAAGCGCUUACACGUAUACGUUUCUCCGGGUACCACAAAAUCUCAGCAGAAAUGGACGGAACGUCAAUUGACGAUGUCGCCCACAGAACGUAAAAAUUUGAGUACAAAACCUGCAGCCGGCGAACCGGAACAACCUAUCUGGGAAGAACACCAUAAUGCUUUUCCCCAAGACGAGCAAGCAAUUUUUCCGCCCAAACCAUCUCCUGGGCAUGAGUCCCCUGCCCUCGAGGGUAUUACAGAGCCC